AGGUGGCCGCGUCGUGAUUGGCCAACACCUGAAAACAGAGCACAUGACGUCAUUAUUCCUUGUUAUCUACCUGUGACAAUGGCCCGGCACUUCAAAGAACAAGAUAUCGAUGAAUUCAGGGAGUGUUUCUCUCUCUAUGCUCGCAAUGGACAGAUUCGUACUUUGGACCAGUUGACCGUGAUUAUGCGUUCCCUUGGAAUGAGUCCAACCAUUUCCGAGCUUAAAAAAUACUUCAAGGAUAAAGGUAAGAAUUUUCACUUAUUCUA